UUUAAAAUAAACUAUAUUUCAGACCGCGCGCAGGGCUGGGUUGUAACCACUACUACCAAAGCCAGACUGCAGCGAAGAACGAGACGGACAUGUCGGAGAGCUGGAGAAAAGAUGCUGCGCAAAACGGUGCAGCCCAUAGCACUAGUAUAGAGCCACACGUGGCCAGACCAAAUGUUGGCAACAGGGUGACUGUAGUGCUAGGGGCUCAAUGGGGCGACGAGGGCAAAGGGAAAGUUGUGGACCUGCUCGCUCAGGACGCCGAUAUUGUUUGCAGAUGCCAGGGUGGUAACAAUGCAGGACACACGGUGGUGGUGGACUCUGUCGAGUAUGACUUCCAUCUUCUACCCAGCGGCAUUAUCAACCCUAAGGUUACUGCUUUCAUUGGUAAUGGGGUAGUGAUCCACCUGCCUGGCCUCUUUGAGGAGGCUGAGAAGAAUAUGCGCAAAGGCAAAAGUCUGGUGGGCUGGGACAAGAGGCUGAUCAUUUCAGACCGAGCACACAUUGUGUUUGAUUUCCAUCAAGCGGUCGACGGUGUGCAAGAGCAGCAGAGACAAGAGAAAGCGGGCAAGAACCUCGGAACAACGAAAAAGGGGAUUGGCCCAGUGUACUCAGCCAAAGCAGCCCGCAGCGGCCUCCGGAUAUGUGACCUCAUGUCUGACUUCACGCAGUUCUCUGAAAGAUUUAAAGUCUUAGCCUCGCAGUAUCAGUCUAUGUACCCGACCCUGGUGAUUGACAUCGAUGGAGAGUUGUGCAAGUUGAAGGAUUACGUGGAGAAGUUAAAGCAUAUGGUGAAAGAUGGCAUCUUCUACAUGUACGAGGCCCUACAUGGACCUCCCAAAAAUAUCCUGGUAGAAGGAGCCAAUGCCGCCCUCUUAGAUAUUGACUUUGGAACGUACCCUUUCGUGACCUCGUCUAACUGCACAGUAGGCGGGGUGUGCACGGGCCUAGGCAUGCCGCCUCAGAACGUGGGUGAGGUGUACGGCGUGGUCAAGGCCUACACCACCCGGGUUGGCAUCGGAGCCUUUCCCUCUGAGCAGUUCAAUGACGUUGGGGAGCUCCUGCAGACGAGGGGGAAAGAAGUGGGUGUGACCACGGGCCGUAAAAGGAGAUGCGGUUGGCUGGACCUCGUGCUCAUCAAAUAUGCCCACAUGAUUAACGGCUUCACUGCCUUAGCUCUCACCAAGCUAGACAUCUUGGAUGUGCUCCCUGAGAUCAAAGUUGGUGUGUCAUACUCUGUGGAUGGUGAAAAUAUACCUCAUUUUCCAGCCAACCAGGAAGUCUUACAAAAUGUUGAGGUUCAGUAUGCCACCCUGCCAGGUUGGAACAGUGACACCUCUGCCGUCAGAACGUUUGAUGAGCUGCCAGAGAACGCCCAGAAAUAUGUCCGCUACAUUGAGGAGCACCUCGGUGUGCCCGUGAAAUGGAUUGGAGUCGGAAAAUCUCGGGAGUCCAUGAUCCAGAUCUUCUAAGAGCUUCUCCUCCAGACCACACCCUCAGUCCCCUCUCCCUACCUCCAGAAGGCUUCCUGGUUCCAGGGGCCUGUGGCCUGGGAAGGUGGUCUCUGCUGCAUGACCCCCCCCUCCCCAUUGGAGACUCUCUGCCCCUCUGGUUGUUAAGAUGGAAGUACACUUCAGUUGCUUGCCAGCCUAUACCUGUUACUCCCCAUGUAUGGCUUGUGAGAAAGCCCCAUCUUCUGGCCUUUCUGGAUCUGCUCUUCUGCCACACUUGCACAUGCACUACAUACACACUCCUAUCCAUUCAAUAUCCCCAUAUUCAAGCCAAUGUUCAAGACUGUUCAGUAUGACCAUGUGUACAGAGCUGCAGUGGAACUUGGUUGAUUCAUUAACAGAUAUUUUGUGGCUGUACUGUGAUGAAAUCACUUGUGCCCGUUUGUGUAGAUGUAUUCUUUAUACCUAGCAUGAGCGCAUGGCCAUGAAACAGCCCUCUAGCAACUACAGAUUCCACGUGUUCUGCAUAGACAAUGGUUCCUGACAAUACCAGUCUCUGUAUUCAAAUUGCAGAAAAUGUAGAAUCUGUUUGUUACAAAGACCUUGUUCCCAGCAACAUGGCUAGAACGAAGCCAUUAUGCAAGAAAAUAUAUUUAGGUUCCAUUACAAUCUUAAAUGGGCCUUUUGGAGGUGUCGCAAUCAAACAACCUCUUCAUUUCCCCAGUUGACUAGAAAUGUUGUCUCAUUUCAAAGCAGUAAAAAGUUGUACUACUAAACAGUGAGCAGUUUAGGUCAGUUAGCAUGUUGAUGGGUCAUCUUGCUAUCAAACUCCACAUUUGAAAUGACGCAUGAAUGCAAUCCUAAAUUUAAGCUCCAACGCAAACAUGAUGUAGAUAUGCUAAACUCUAGUCUCAGGACUUCUACACGAUCAUAUCAGUGUAUUUUAUUUCUAGGACUAGGUAUGGUUGAUUCUGUUCUUCUACUAUUAGACGUGUGGGUGUUUCUGCAGAUGUAGUGUAUUAGACAGCAGAUUGUCUCCUGACUCAGUGACCACUGUAACAUGUGUUUCCCGUUUGUAUAUUAGUGAUUUGAAAUAGUUCUAUCUAAAUAUUUAAAAUUUAAAGACAUUAAAUGAUCUUGCCUGUUUUACGUAUGGAUUGAAUAUAUAAACCUCUGAAUGGCUCAAUUAUGAAAUAAAAGUAGUUACGGGGAGAGGCAUGUGUUCAAGUUCAACCUUGUACAUGAGGUGCCUAUUCAUGUAGAAUGGGAAAUUGCUCAAAUUAGUUUGCCUUUUAUCUGCAGGUCUCUACAGAGAUGGGUGUAGACUGCUGUGAAAGAAGGGCUUUCUACAUUGGUGGUUGAGUGGGUUCUCUGUUUUAUAUAUGGACGCGUCAGACCCCUUCCCCUUUUCCACAGGAAUGGGGUCUUUUUGUUACAGCCUUAUUCUAAUAAGGAUUCAAUGUUUUCCUCAUCAAUCUACACACAAUACCCCAUCAUGACUACGUGAACACAGGUUAUUAGAAAUGUUUGCACAUUUAUACAAAAUAAAUACCUUCUCUACAUAAGUGUUCAGUCCCUUUGCUAUGAGACUCCAAAUUGAGCUCAGGUGCAUUCUGUUUCCAUUGAUCACCCUUGAGAUGUUUCUACAACUUGAUUGGAGUCCACCUGUGGUAAAUUCAAUUGAUUGGACAGAGCUUGAGAGGCUCUGCAGGGAAGAAUCUCUCCAAAUAGAGGUGCCAACCUUGUAGCGUCAUACCCAAGAAGACUCGAGGCUGUAAUGGCUGCCAAAGGUGCAUCAACAAAGUACUGAGUAAAGGGUCUGAAUACUUAUGUAAAUGUAAUAUUUACAGUUCUAAACCUGUUGCUUUGUCAUUAUGGGGCAUUGUGUAGCUUGAUGAGGGGGGGGGUCCUAUAAAUCAGUUUUUAGAAUAGGGCUUUAAAGUAACAAUGUUGAGGCGUCUGAAUACUUUCCGAAUGCACUGUAGUUACGGUGUCGGGUACAUUCUUAUCUCAUAACUGCUCUACUGAAAACGGUGAUCUCUUAGCUUAUGUUCAUUGGUAAAGUCUGUUUCGUUGUUCCAUUUGGAUUUUAUGAUAUCAGACUUAUUUUAGUGGCCUUAAAUGUUAACCUGGGCCUUGUAUGUCAGAGGUAUUCAGACAUCUUUCUUUUCUACCUUGAGGCUCGUCUGUAAAUGAGUGGAUAGGUCAAAAGAAGGCUACACCAAAGCUUUCACCUACACUACGGUGAUGUCCUCAAGGAAGGAAGGGUGUAUUUUAUAAAUAGUCAAAACAGGGUCCAGGUCUUGAAGGUGGCUUAGUAUUGUGUUCUCUAUCCCACCACAUCAGCUCAACAUGGCAUGCUUAACAUUGUUGUUUGAGUGGGAUCCAAACAAAUUUGUCAGUUAAUUAGGCUUUGAGGAGCAAUGUGUAAAAUGAAUUGACAACGAGCCUCCUUCAGCCAAAAACAAAUGUGUGGGCUGCAAAAGGAGUUUUUGAUGCUUUGAGACAAAGGGAUGAAAUGUAGAGUACAGUGGAUCCUGAUCCAGGUGAAAAAUCCAGAUUUAGUUAAUGUUUGCUGUACAGUGUUUUUUCGUCCCAGCACUACCUUCCAAAGUCACCAAACUCCGUAAUAAUAUAAAUUAGUGCCAUUUUAAAAGAAACAUUCAUUGGCUUGAUGACUAGGUUUUAAUCUAACUCCACUUUUGAUCCUGUUUUCAUUUGAACAUUGCACAUGUUAACAUAUUUGGUCUUUUGUUUUUGAUACUAUUUACCUACUUUCAGUUCUGCAAUGUGUUGCUGCUUUGUUAACUCUAUAAGUGUGUGUAUAUGAAAUCCAAUCUGAUCGUCAUCUUAUUGUAGCUCGGUGUUCAAUAUGUUUGUUUUCGACUCGAGUUUUAUCAAAUGUCAUUUGUACAGUACUGGUCUUACAUUUUUUUUAAAUUACAAAGUAAUUUCAAUAUUAAACAACUUGUUAAUACAACCCUAGAACAAGAUUCCAACUAAUAAAUUAAACAUGAGAAAUAUAUCAUCA